CCCUGCCGGAUUGCAGAGCCGUCAUAACUCCGACGUGCAGUUUGUGGGCGGGAGUGAAUUUGCUGCUAGCCGGGAAGUUAAACAACAUGGAUCCCUCCGUGUGAACGGCCAGGGGGCAGAGGAAAAGGAGCUGCGCACGCGCGCGAUUUAGCAAGCAGUAAGGGAGAGGCAGGAAGGGGUCUGGAAGAGACCCUCCCCAGCCUUGUGCCUUGACACUCCGCCUUUUGUGCCCAAGAGCAAUGCUACUCCCUGCCUGCCAAGUUUCCCGUCAAGCGCGUCAUUGUCUAAAUGCUUUGAAAUCAGCAAAAAAAGAUUGUCUCCUGCCUUUAUGUGCAACAAGAUGGGCUUCCUCAUCCACAUUGCCUCGAAUCACUACCCACUAUACCAUUCACUCUCGCGACAACGACAAACGAUGGGAAGGUGUGAGUAUGGAAAGAUUUGCUGAAGAAGCAGAUGUCGUUAUUGUUGGAGCAGGCCCUGCAGGACUCUCUGCAGCUAUUCGGCUCAAACAGUUAGCGAGUGAACAUGACAAAGAAAUCCGUGUGUGCCUGGUAGAGAAAGCAGCUCAGCUUGGUGGACAUACACUUUCGGGGGCUUGCUUGGAACCACGUGCCUUGGAGGAGCUUUUCCCAGACUGGAAAGAGCGAGGGGCUCCACUUAAUACCACCGUUACAGAAGACAAAUUUGGAAUACUGACAAAAAGCUCUAGAAUUCCAGUUCCCAUUCUUCCAGGCCUUCCAAUGACUAAUCAUGGGAAUUACAUAGUUCGCCUAGGACAUUUUGUGAGCUGGCUUGGAGAGCAAGCCGAAGCGCUUGGUGUUGAAAUUUAUCCUGGCUAUGCAGCGGCAGAGGUUCUUUUCCAUGAAGAUGGCAGCGUGAAAGGGAUUGCCACAAAUGAUGUUGGCAUCCAAAAGGAUGGAGCACCUAAGACUACUUUUGAAAGAGGUUUGGAACUGCAUGCCAAAAUCACAGUAUUUGCUGAAGGUUGUCACGGUCAUCUUGCAAAGCAGUUGUACAACACAUACAACCUGAGGGAGAGCUGCCAGCCUCAGACCUAUGGCAUUGGACUUAAGGAGCUGUGGCUUAUUGAUGAAAAGAAAUGGAAACCAGGAAGAGUGGAACAUACAGUUGGCUGGCCUUUGGACAGACAUACAUAUGGGGGAUCAUUUCUUUAUCAUUUAAAUGAAGGUGAACCUCUAGUAGCCCUAGGAUUUGUGGUUGGCUUGGAUUAUCAAAAUCCUUUCUUAAGCCCAUUUAAGGAAUUCCAGAGGUGGAAACACCAUCCCAGUGUACAGCCUACUUUAGAAGGUGGAAAGAGGAUUGCUUAUGGGGCUCGAGCUCUUAAUGAAGGUGGUUACCAGUCCAUACCCAAACUCAGCUUCCCUGGUGGAAUUCUUAUUGGAUGUAGUCCAGGUUUUAUGAAUGUUCCUAAAAUUAAAGGUACCCACACUGCCAUGAAGAGUGGCAUGCUAGCCUCUGAAGCCAUUUUCAGCCAACUAAUUAGUGAAAAUCUCCAAUCAAAAACAAUAGGGCUUUAUGUGCCUGAAUACGAAGACAGUUUGAAAAAGUCAUGGGUAUGGAAAGAACUGUACGCAGUUAGGAAUAUCCGUCCUUCGUGCCACGGAGUCCUGGGAGUGUAUGGAGGAAUGAUUUACACUGGCAUAUUUUAUUGGAUACUAAGAGGAAUGGAGCCUUGGACGUUAAAACACCCAGGGGCAGACGCAGCGCAGCUGAAGCCAGCCAAAGACUGCACACCUAUUGAAUACCCCAAACCUGAUGGGAAAAUCAGUUUUGACUUGCUUUCAUCAGUGGCUCUUAGUGGUACUAAUCAUGAACACGACCAACCACCACAUUUGACUCUGAAGGAUGACAGUGUUCCUGUCAACAAAAACCUAGCCAUAUAUGAUGGACCCGAGCAACGAUUCUGCCCUGCUGGAGUGUAUGAAUACGUUCCUGUGGAAUCUGGAGAAGGUCUUCGGUUACAGAUAAAUGCUCAGAACUGUGUCCAUUGCAAGACAUGUGAUAUUAAAGAUCCAAGCCAAAAUAUUAACUGGGUUGUACCUGAAGGGGGAGGAGGACCUGCUUAUAAUGGAAUGUAGGUCUAAUUAAAACUGACUGGAAAAACUUCCUGGAGACACUGCAGAACUGUAAACUUUGGUUUUGCAACCCUCACAGAAGACAUUAAUGGUUUGAAUGUUCUCUAUGAGGUUAGUAUCCUAUUGAAAGCCGCACCUCUCCAAUAGACAGGUGUGAUCAGCCAGUGUGAUCAGGGAGUUCUUGCCUUGAGUACACUUUUCUCUACUGUAUCAGAAAAGGGGCGAGAGCAGGCAAAGUGGAAAAAAACUUGGAUAAAUCAGAUGGCAGUGUGUUUGUUAAUUCUUGGUCCUAAUAAUGGAUUUAGCUUAUAUUCAAAGAAAUUGAAGUGUACCUCCAAAUGCUUUGAACCAAUUGAUGUCAUAUCUGCAGUGAAUUUGAUCUUUAAAAUUAUCUUGGGGAUAACAACAGACUGCAUUAAAGGAAAGAGCAAUACUAAUUGAAGAUGGGGGGACAUGAUUUUGUUUAAUAAUAAAAACACUUUAUUACACUUUA